UAAUUUCUGCAGCUCUUAUGUCCUUUGCCAUGACAGUCCCCAGAGAGUUUGCACGGAAAGGGAGAUCACUUGUUGAAGUAGAUAGGUGGAAAGCAACAGAGUUCAGAACUUUUCUCCUGUACACUGGUCCAGUGGCACUGAAAGACCAUCUGCCGAAUGUUCUAUACCACAAUUUUAUGCUUCUGCAUGUAGCCAUUCGAAUUUUAUGCUGCCCUCACUGUGCCUCCAGGACUGUGAUUUUGCUGAAAAGUUACUGAUCACAUUUGUCGAGCAUUUUCAAUCUGUUUAUGGUAAUUACGUUGUGUAUAACAUACACAGGCUGACACAUCUUGCCAAUGAUGCAAGGCAGUUUGGUGUGCUGCAUAAUUUCUCAGCUUUCCCAUUUGAGAACUUCCUCUACACAUUAAAAAAAAUGAUUAGGACCCCUACCCAGCCCCUUCAACAGAUCAUCAGGAGAUUGUCAGAAAAAGCAAGUGUCAGAACUAAAAAAAGGGUGUGCAAGGAUGGUUUUUACCAGGAACAUAAGAAUGGGCCUUUUCCAUACAAUGUGACAUCUCAGCAGUUUACACAGUAUAAGCAAUAUGUAAAUGGUGGAACUUUAAUUAGUUUAUCAGAGGGAGACAACUAUAUUCUGUUCAAUGGAGAUAUUUAUAUAGUGAAAAAUAUUUUAAAAGACAAGAUAGCAUCGCAUCUAGUCUGUCUUAAAUUCCAAAACAAGUCAUCUUUUUUCACCUAUCCCAUUUAUUCAUCAAGUCUUGAUAUAUCCUUUGUGAAACAACCCGGGCAGUCAUUGACUAUUGUUCCUACACAGACUGUUUCAAAAGUCCUUCUUUUACAGUAUAAGGAUGGGUUUGUGGAAUAUCCUUUACUGCAUACUGCUUGAUUCCCCCCCCCCCCCUUUCUGCAUAUGACAAAUGUACAGUACUUACCAAUCAAAGAAUAGUAAUAAUAAGACUAGUAAAUGUUUUAGUUUAGAUAGAUUUCCACUGUGAGGGAAAUUUAAUAGAGCUUCAGUAAAUGUAUAUAGUUUGUAACACUAGAUAUUUUUUAUUUUUUAAAGAUGUAUUCAAUAGUUGUUUUUACUGAAAAGAAUGAGACAGAGGUGAUACCAAGUGACUGGCUGAGCAUCGACAAAAAAGUUUCCUUUUGGCCCCCAUAUAACGGUACAAGAUGUAGAAAAGCGGUUGAAAAAAAUGAAACUCCUGAUGAAGAAUGGGACCAAUAUGAAACUGAAUGGGUGGCUGAGUAUGAUUCCUAUGAAAAAGCCAGAAGAAAGCUGGUGAAGUUUUGUAAAGGCAACAGUUUGGAGUCUACAGAUGAGGACAGUGUACGGAAAAGAGUGUAUGUUUCCUAUGUUCUCUGUUCUCCUUUUAUAGCCUACUGCUUAUUUGCAACUAGUCUUCACUGCGCUUUUAAAAAAUUGAUUACACUUAAUGUGUCCAACAGACCAUCGUCAAAAUAUGUAAAUGGAUUUACAUCUGAUACAGCCUCAGGAAGACCUCCAGUGCAGGCCUCAGCAAGCAGGCUCCACACAGAGACAAUGGAAAGACCAAAAAAAAAAUUCUGCAGUAAUGGAGCCAAAAGCCUGACCUUGCCAGCCAUACCACCAUUUGCACCAUCAGCACCUGCUGUGACAGUCCCUGAACCAAGACAUGAUGAAAGAGAACUCCGGCUCUACCAGAUGCUGGAAGAGAUCAAGGGUCAAGUCAGGCAGAAUACGCUCCUCCUUCAGGCCAUACUGAGAAGAGAGAAUGCAGCUGAAGUUGUAACAGAGGAGUUUCAGUUUCCAUUAAGGAGCAUGACGGCCAUAAAAGAUCUGGAGGAUAGGCUGUCAAACAGAGACACACAACGUUCUCUGGUAAAUUCUAAUGAUGUUCUGUAACUUCACUUAAAAUAAUAUUAACAUAUAUAGAGACCUAGACCUGAUUUACUGCUGCUUAACACAUGAUUUGUUUUCAUAGACAAAAUAUCUUACCAGCUUGGGUGGAACAUCUGCCAAACACAUUGUCCACAGAAUGAUGAGGGAAUUAAUAACCAAUGAGUUGGCCAACAAUUUUAAUUGGCAAGGGAGAGGACAGAAGAGCCCCUUUUCUACGCUCUUGCUGGCAAAAGUUGUCAUAGGCGAUAUGUUUUAAAAAACAUUCAAACAUUCAAAACUUAGACAUAACUUUGAAAUAGCAAAAGAGGAAACAACCCCUUAUAGUCUCACAUAAUGUUGAAUGAAAUACAAUGGAAGAAUGCCAAUUAAUCAACUAAUCAUACAGAACUCUACAAAAUACACCUCAGAUGAUCUGUCGCCUAACCCUUUCUUUGUUUUAUUUUCUUUAAUUUCAUGC